CGUCGCUACCGGGGCGGGUCUUAUGGCUGCCGUUCGCUUCCUACUUCUUCGCUUCCCUGGUUUUGACUGAUCUCAGCUGCUCGAACCUUUCCGCGGACGAGAGACGAACACAAUGUCACACCAGACGGGCAUUCAAGCGGGCAAUGAUGUGAAGCAAAUAUUUGCCAGCGCCAAGAGCGGAGAGCAGUAUCGAGUGUUGAAGAUCGUAAUUGAGGAUGAGCAGCUGACGUUGGCUGACGUCAAGGAGGCGUCCAAGAUGUGGGACCAGGAGUACGAUGCGCUAGUGCUCCCCCUGCUGGAGGACAGCGUCCCCUGUUACAUUCUUUACCGACUGGACUCCAGCAACAACCAGGGUUACGAGUGGAUCUUCCUCGCCUGGAGUCCGGAGCGCUCUACUGUGAGAAACAAAAUGCUUUUUGCUGCUACCAGAGCGACACUGAAGAAAGAAUUUGGUGGCGGCCACAUCAAGGAUGAGCUUUUUGCCACUACAAAAGACGACAUAAACCUCAAUGGCUACAGGAAAUAUUUGACCUCGCAGGCGGCUCCGCUGCCCCUCACCGCUGCCGAGGAAGAGCUGAGACAGAUAAGGCUACACGAGGUUCAGACGGACAUUAGCGUGGACAGUAAGCACCAGACUCUCCAAGGCGUGGCCUUCCCCAUGGACCGCGCUGCCGUCUCGGCACUGGAGCGCUUCAGAGACAAGGAAAUCAACUACGUGCAACUGGAAGUCGACGCCGAAAAGGAGCUGAUCUGCUUGCGCAGCACCGAGCCAACAGACCUGAGGAGCCUGCCGUCGAGGAUCCCCAAAGAUGCGGCGCGCUACCACUUCUUCCUCUACAAGCAUUCCCACGAGGGCGACUGCUUGGAGUCCACGGUCUUUAUUUAUUCAAUGCCGGGGUACAAGUGUAGCAUCAGAGAGAGGAUGCUCUACUCCAGCUGCCGAAAUCCUCUGGUUGACAUGGUGGAAAACAAACUGAAGAUUGAGAUUGAGAAAAAGUUGGAAAUCGACAACGGCGACGAGCUGACGGGUGAGUUCAUGUACGAGGAAGUGCAUCCCAAGCAGCACGCGCACAAGCAGGCCUUCGCCAAGCCCAAGGGUCCUCAGGGGAAACGGGGCGGCCGCCGUAUCACCCGACCCCCCGGCGACGGCCAAGAGGACGAUUAAACUCGACCUCGGCGUCUACACGUUCCAUAGUGGAACAUUCCUGAGAUCGGGGCGAUCGUAUAAAACACGGAAAAAAGAAAAAAAAAAUUCUCCCCAUGAUCUCACGUUCCCAUCAACGAGCCAGCUAUGCACGCAGAGGACAACGAAGCAAACGGCACAUUUCAGCAGUUUCCAUUUGUAGCUUGCCAAAUGGAAGCCGAUUAGUCCGUGUAGUUACAUUCCCAAUGAGUCAAAGUUGAGCCCCUUUUUUGCCCGAUCUUAGCGUGACUAAUGUGAACUUUAGCCAAAAUAACAACCCCCCCCCCCUUCCAUUUUAUCUUAAAAACAAAAAAUUCCUUGCACCUUGCAUUCCUUCAAAUCCAUCACUUGGUAUCUAACUGUGCACAACCUCGAGGUGCUCCGAAAGCAGAGAUGAUGUAAUGAUCCAAAUGGUGUCUCCUGAUUUUAACAGUGCAUUUUAUAUUACAAUUUUGUUUUGAUAUCACGAGUUUACCUGGAGAGAAGAGAAAAAAAAAAUCGUCUGCUGAGAAUCUUAUUUUUCUAUGCAAGUGCUGUAAUUGUACAUAUUGUAGCCGUGUGUAUGCGUGUGUGUUCUGGUGACCAUGUCGCUGAGGGGCUUCCACUAAAAUGUCAUCCAUCAGUCAUGUUCCACGCGAUCAGAAUCCCAGAAAGAGUUGGGGGAGGGGCUUGCUACAGAAUAGGAAAGGGAAUAUUUGUGUUGAUCAAAAUGUUGCCACGGUUAGCCACUCGUCUACUGAUGACCUAACAUUAGAUAAACUACCAAGCUCACCUCAUGUUCAAAACGUAGUGUCACUAGGAAUAGAGACGAAAACUCAUGUGGUCUUAUUUGUUUUCCUACAGAUGUUUUUCUUUUUAAAAAGAAUUAAAAUAUUUAAAUUGCA